CAGGGAGGAGGGAGGAGGGAGGCAGGGAGAGAAAUGCAGAGGCAGCAGCAGCGGCAGUAGCAGGAGCGGCGGCGCCGGCGUUGCUCCAAUCAGCCAGUCCCAGCCACUCCACUCCCAGCAACCGAGCGAGAGAGAUCUCCGGCGGCUCAGUGGACACAGAGCUAGCCGGGACUCUCUCUUUGUGACCCCAGACCCUCCAGACACCCGCACAAAGGGGGACCGAAGAGCGAAGGAAGAAGAGCUCCAACAUGGGAGGCAAACUGAGCAAGAAGAAGAAGGGCUACAAUGUGAACGACGAAAAGGUGAAAGACAAAGACAAGAAGGCUGAGGGGGCAGCUGCUGAGGAAGGGGAGGCUCCCAAAGAGAACGAGCAGAGCCAGCAGACCACCACGGAGACCGCAGAGGGGAAGGAGAAUAGCAAGGAGGAAAAGGGCGACGCGGAGGCCCCGGUGGCUGCUAACCAGAUGGAAGACAAAGAAGGGGAGAAGGAGAAAGCAGCGAGCCAGGAAGAACCCAAGAAGCCUGAGCCAGAGAAGCCGGAGACUGCGGCUGAUGCAAAAGUAGAGCCGCCGAAGAACCAGGAGCAGCAGGCGCCCAAGCCAGAGGAGCCGAGCUCAGCUGCUUCUCCUGCAGCCAGCAGCGAAGCGCCUAAACCCUCUGAGCCCAGCAGCGAUGCAAAAGCUUCCCAGUCCUCAGAAGCCACAGCUACUAGUAAAGUAGAUGACAAGGGCAAAGAGGAAGGGGAAGCCAAAAAGACUGAGGCUCCUGCAGUACCUGCAGCCCAAGAAACUAAAAGUGAAGUGGCCCCAGCUUCAGACUCAAAACCUAGCAGCAGCGAGGCUGCGCCUUCUUCCAAGGAGACCCCGGCAACAACAGAAACACCUAGUUCUACUCCGAAGGCCUCAGAGCCUGCAGCCCCACCAGAGGAAGUGAAAUCAUCUGAAGCUCCGGCGAAUAAUUCGGAUCAAACCAUAGCAGUGAAAGAUUAAAUUGGACAACCUAUUGGGAAGCAAAGCAAAACAAAACAAAAUUUAAUCACUUAAAAACAACCUGUGUCUUUUUUUUUUUUAAUUUUCUUUUUUUCAGCUCUACUAACUUGUUUCAGAAUUGAAAUAACAACAUGUAUUGCCCAGGAAAAAUUUAAAAAAAAGGAAAGAAAUAAGAUAAUGGAUUGUCCCAUUAAGUUGAGGGAGCGGGGAGGGAGCAGGGGUGGUGCCUGUGGAAGGGGAGGGGAAUCCAAAUAGUAUUUUUGUGGGGGAAAUAUCUAAUAUACUUUCUGCCAACUUUACAAGCAAAAUCCUGUAUUACAAUCAGUAAUUAAAAUAAGAAGACAACCCAGAUGUCUGAAAGUGCAGUACCUCUUUUUUGUACCUGAACUGCUGUAAAUGCACUCCACUGAUGUAUUUGAUCUUUUCCUUCCUUCUUUUUCUCUAAUGGGGUUUGGGAGUGAUUAUGUAAUUGAUUCUGCCCUCUGGGCCAGUGCCACACCAAUCAGAUCUUUAUGAAAGCAGUAUUUCCUGUGGUUUAUUUUUUUUUUUUUAAAUUUACAGCCUUUAUUAUUUUGUAUUUUUUAUGCAGUGGAUGAAUGGCAACUUUCAGACAAAACUCACGUAGCUGUCCACAUUUUUCUCAAUGCCAAUCCUAUUCUUCUUCCUCUCCAAAUAUUUUUGGGAGUUAAACAAAAAAAAUUAAAAAGCAUUGUCAUCCUACUUAGCCUACCUAGAUUUCUCAUGACGAGUUUAAUGCAUGUCCGUGGUUGGGUGCACCUGUAGUUCUGUUUAUUGGUCAGUGAAAAUGAAAAAAAAAAAGUCUGCGUUCAUUGCAGUUCCAGUUUCUCUUCCAUUCUGUGUCACAGACACCAAUACACCACUCAUUGGAAAAAAAAAUGAAAAAGCAAAAUGUACAAUGGAUGCAUUGAAAUUAUAUGUAAUUGUAUAAAUGGUGCAACAGUAAUAAAAGUUAAAUAAUUUAAAAACA